CCCCGCCCCUCUGCACUGUGGGCGGGCCGGAACCAAAGUGCUGCGGGCCGCGGCGCAGGGCGGGUUCCUGUGCGUAACGGACCGUCUAACCCGGAAGAGCUGGCAAGCAGGAGGUGCCCGGCUGCAGCAUGGCGGGGCUGCGGGGGAAUAUUACGCUGCGCUAUGGCGUCCCCAUGCUGCAUACACACAAGAAGAUAGAUUAUGGUAACAAAGUGAACAGUUUUAUGGAAAGGCUUGUGCCCAGCUGUGGUUAUAGAAGCAAACUGAACAUUAAGCUGCUUGUUAUUGGAGGAUCAUUUGGUCUCCGUGAGUUUGCUCAGAUUCGAUAUGAUUAUCAAAAACUCCAUAGGAAGGUUUUUUUGACCUGGGGAUCUCCUGGGGUCAACCCACCACCACCUUGCACCACGGAGAACAGCUGAAUGUGCAGCAUGUGGUGCCACAGACAUGUCAGCGGUGCCACAAUACAGCACAUCUGUGGCUCAUGGGGGCAUCCUUCUACCUUUCCUCAAGCCUUUCUUCAUGUUCCUGAAGUUAAAAUCUCUCAACUCAGAAGCAGCUAGCUCAGGCGUGAUAUACGGGACCUUUAAGCACUAAUACUCUAGUUCUAAUUCUGGACAGGUUGUAGUGAUUGAGCAUGCUCAAGUGCUAUUGCCAUCUUUUAAUAUUCAGUAUCCAGUAUGAGAUGACCUAUAAGAACCUGCACACAUACUGCUGCAAGUGAUGGUGGUGAUUAAAAGAAAAUGCACCACAUAGUUAAGGUUGUCCUGAACCAGUGCCUCAGUUUAGUCCAUGGAGGUAUUCAUUGAUGCUGCUGGGUGAGAUUCUGUGCUGUACUCUUGAGAGAGGUAAAAGGAGGAGUUUAAAUAGCUAAAGUAGCUCCAUGUUUGUGCCUUUUUCAUCCUGGAAUUGUUCUUGGGGCUGAUGAGACUCAUGCUGUAAUGUAGACAAACAUAGGGGCAGUCCUUUGGGAUGCAGCACUGUUCAGAAUCUCUACAGCAUUGUGGGACAUACAUUUGCCCCCAGCCCCGUCCUCGGUAUGCCCCCCAAGGCUUACGCAGGGUUCUUGGAAGGUGGCCUUAGAGCUGCCUUCCACAUUUUCAUCAAGGAAUCUUUCUGGCCUGGGCUACUGGGGUCCCUCAACACCACUCUAGCCCUUUAACCAAACAUAAAGGGAUCAUACGAAGACUGAAAAACUCACCUGUUAUAUUUAUUUCACUCUUCAUCCAGAGUUUGACAUUUGGCUUAUGUGUUGUGCAGGGGUCUUGUCUCUCUUCUUUCCAUGAAUCGCAUUGAAACUUUCUAACCGCUUAACCCUGGGCUAACAGAUUGCAUGACUAACUGCAUGUUUUGGAUUGUGUUAAUAUAUACAUCAUAGUGGCGUACUUAGAUAGCUACCAUGUGCAGGGUCCUGUAUUGUCUUCCAACUCUACAAAGGCAUGUAGUAACCAGCAUUUUUAACAUUUUCUCAAUAAAACUCUAAAUGAGUUGUGUGACCCAUAGAACAGGAGAGUGGUAUACUUGUUUGUGAACAACCCUGUUGUUCAACUAGACAGUGGUAUAAGAUGGCUCAAACACAAAGCUUGCACACAGAAGAUUUGUUUCAUGAGAUCAGAGAUUCUAAAAGGGGUUAACUUGCUUCAGCUGAAGUCUGUAUUACUUAAGGCAGCUGCAUCUUUUAGCAUUUUUUCCAGUAUCAUUUUAUGUAGAAAUAGAUGAUAGUUAAACAGAACAAUAUAGUCUCUAUAGAGAGCUACAAACAUAGACAUUGUACUGGUUAUAGACUGAUCAGAACAAUGUACUCCAGCAGUUUUUGUUUUUAUGUCCAUACAAAUAGCUGUAAGAAACAUUUUAGCUUAUAAACUAAGGUAGGGACAAGAGAUGAGAAUUUAUUUUAAACAAUAAAAAGGAAACAAUCCUGGUUUAGAUAGAACACAAAUUCUAAGCAAAGAACGUUACAUUUACAUAAUGCAAAACCUGUUGAAAAGCCUGAUGAUCUAUUUCAUUUGUCAGGCAUUAAUGUAUUUUGUAUUGGAGCAGAAUAUGCUGUUGUUUUUAUAGAGCCUAGUUGUAGCACAAAUCUUAAUCAGAAGAACAAGGAUAGGCACUCUUUUUGGUGGAUGAGUGACCAUCUACAAAUAGAAAUAAAUACAAUAAUUAGGAUUUUUGUAUUUUGGAAUUAUAAUAAAUUCCACCACUUUCAUAUGAAGAUCUCAGAACACUAGCAAAACAUUUCAAAUGAAUUGAGUGUCCAAGUCUUUCUGUCACACUGGUCAGCAUUAUUUUACAGAUUGGCAAAUUGAAGGUUAGAUCAUUGAAAUUAUUUUUUUCAGGUUUAGGCAGGGAUUGUGGAAGAGUUGGGAAUACAAACCAAGGCCCCUGUUCUGCCCAUCUUCAACAUGAAGGUGCAUGCAGCCAGGGUACACUGAAUGAGAUGAGAGCAUUGCCUAAAAGAGGGGUGCUCAACUCCUGGCCUGUGGACCAGAUCUGGCCCCCAGCAAUGUCAUCCAACCUGCAGAGCUCCCCACAGGUCUCUAAAUUUGGUGGCAGGGGUGUACAAGCAUUGUUCCCCUGCUGCCAGGUUUCUGGACCUGUGAGGAGCCCUGGGCCCUGCUCACUAGAUCAGAUGCCUGAUCCCAGCAUGCAGGGGCAGCCUGGGACUGCUAGGGCCUAAUCCUGGCAUAUGGAGCUGAGAUAGGGUAGCACCAUGUCCUCCCAGCAUGUGGGGUUAGGAGAGGGUGGUACUAGGCCCCAGAGUCCAAUCUCAGCAUGCAGAAUCAGGGGGUGGCGCCAGGCCUUCCCUGUACAUGGAGCUGGGAGGAGAUGGGUCCCAGAGCUUGAUUCCUAUGCGUGGGGACAGGAGGAGGAGAUUUCAUAGACAUUUGGGCUGGAAGGGACCCCAGAGGAUCAUCGAGUCCAGCCCCCUGCCCAGGGGCAGGAAGUCAGCAGGGAUCA